AUGGAUGCUGCUCAGCCAAUAAAAGAACAAUUUAUAAUUGAAAAUAUUCCGGCCAAGCGUCGCAGGCUUGAAUCAACUGGGAAUAUAGAACCUCUCAAUCCAAAGCCCAAGGUUGAUCCACUUUUGAUAUUUGCAGAAUGUAAAGAACAGAAUAGACCAGUUCUUAUUGCAGGCCCAAUGGUCCGCUACUCCAAACUUCCGUUCCGUGAACUAGUCGGACUCUAUGAAUCCGAUUUUAUUUAUACUCCCAUGAUUUUGGCGAGAGAGUUUGUGAGGCAUCGUGGAGGUCGUGAUUCUGACUUCACCACGAACUUGAAAGAACAGCAUUCGCGACAAGCUUUGCUGGGGAAAAAACAGUGUCUAAUAGUCCAAGUUGGUGCUAAUAAUGUCACUGACUUGCUAAGGUUUGUGGAAAUGAUACAUCCGUACUGUGAUGCCAUCGGAUUGAAUUGUGGAUGCCCUGUAAGAGAACAAGUUAGAGAAGGAAUUGGGGCAGCUUUGAUGAGCGAUCGAUUCAAAGUAGCAAAGUUUGUUAAGGCUGUGAAAAAAAGAUGGGGCGAUAAAGUGAAGAUGGAGACGAAAAUCAGAGUACAUGAUAAUGUUCAAGAAACUAUUCAGUUUGUACAAGAAGUUGAGAAAGCUGGUGUUGACUGGAUCACCAUCCAUGGCCGGACCAAGGAUACUAGACUGUCGGUUCCCGUUGAUUUAGAAAAAAUAAAACUUGUGAGAGAAGCCAUAAAGCGUGUUCCGGUAGUGGCUAAUGGGGAUUGUUUUAAACCGGAAGAUAUUCAGAGAAUAACGGAUUACACCAAAGUUGAUGGGGUAAUGGCAGUAAGAGGGGUAUUGAACAACCCUUGUUUAUUCACCAUGAGAUCAGAGGCUACUUGGGGAGCAGUUGAGAGACUCAUCAGCUCUGUGAUGGAAUAUGGCUUGCCUUUCCAAUUAGCACAACAUCAUGUCAGUUGUAUGAUGCCCAAGGGAUCAGCUAUCAUGAACAGGUUGAAUAAAUCUUUAAAUGAAUGUACCUCCAUGGUAGGUAUGCUUGAUUGGUUCGAUGACAAUUUUGAAUUGAGAAGGUUAAGACAAGAAGGUUUUGCAGAAGAAAGGAGUUUUGAAGAUGCUAGAAGAGGAGGAGCUGGGGAAAAGCACUAA